AUGAAGGAUACUUCUAAGGUGCUUGAUCCAUUUGUAGAGAAGAUUAUUGAUGAACAUGUGAAUUCUAAGGAACAAAAGAAAAAUAAGGACUUUGUAGACACUAUGAUGGACAUUAUGCAAUCCGGUGAAGCAGAAUUCCAGUUUGAUCGUCGUCAUGUCAAAGCUGUUAUGUUGGACAUGCUUGUGGCAUCAAUAGAUACAUCAUCAAGUUCAAUUGAAUGGAUGUUGUCAGAGCUUCUAAGAAAUCCAGACAUAAUGAAGAAACUCCAAAGAGAACUAGAAGAAGUAGUAGGCCUAAACAGAAUGGUACAAGAAUCAGACUUAGAAAACUUAAAAUACUUAAACAUGGUAUUUAAAGAGUCAUUUAGGCUACAUGCUGCUGCCCCAUUACUGCUUCAUGAAGCCAUGGAAGAUUGUAUGGUAGAUGAUUUCUAUAUCAAAAAAGGAUCACAAGUUAUUGUCAAUGCAUACACUAUUCAUAGAGAUCCUAAAUUUUGGAGUGAAGCUGAUAAGUUUAUGCCAGAGAGAUUUGUUGAAAGUAAUGUAGACGUUCGUGGACGUGAUUAUCAACUUUUACCAUUUGGUUCUGGUAGAAGAAGUUGCCCUGGGAUGCAAUUGGCAUUAAUUAUUGUUCGUCUUGUCGUAGCACAAUUGGUUCAUUGCUUUGAUUGGGAACUCCCUAAUGAGAUGCACCCUAAGGAUUUGGACAUGACUGAGCAAUUUGGUAUAGUUACUGGCAGGGCAAAUCAUUUGAUGGCUGUUCCAACUUAUAGGCUACAACACAACUGAUUUUGGAAAAUUCAUUUUGAUACAUCUACUUAUAAUAAUAAUUUAUAUGAUCUUGUAUAAUAAAGUUUCUUUCUUUAGGAAUUUUGAUUGAUUACUUCUUUGUAUGCAAUAAAUAUGUUUUUGUUUUUGUUAUUA